AUGCCUGUUCCGUCGACUUCGCUCACCCAGCCAGUGGUCUCCGCUCUGCGGCCGAUCACGAUUGUGUCGCCGGUGCUGCGCCCAAACGAGCCGCUCUACGCAGCACCGAUACCGAAGGCCCCAAAGCAGCAAUCGAUCUAUGCUGCGCCGGCCGCACAGCCCGAAGUGCCUCCUGUCUAUGCAGCACCUGCAGCGGCUCCCGAGAUGCCUCCCAUCUACGCCGCGCCCGCCGCUGCGCCUGAGGUACCCCCGAUCUACGCAGCACCUGCGGCGGUGCCGGAAGUACCACCGGUUUAUGCCGCACCUGCUGCGGUACCCGAGAUGCCGCCGAUCUAUGCGGCCCCAGCUGCAGAGGUGCCUCCCAUUUAUGCUGCACCAGCUGCGGUGCCAGACGUGCCACCAGUGUAUGCUGCACCUGCCGCAGCUCCCGAGGUUCCCCCAGUCUAUGCUGCCCCAGCUGCUGCCCCGGCUGCCACCUCUGCACCCCCAGUAUACGCAGUCCCUGCAGCAUCCCCGGUGUACCAGUAUGUCCCGGCAGAGGCACCGCAGACAUACACCUACACCUACGCGCCAUCCAACGUGAGCCGGCCUCCUCCUGUGCUGUACACCGAUCCUUUCCCACAGGCAGGGCCUCAGAAGUAUGACUUCGAAGGCUCGGCUGCCAUGUUUCACAAACUUGGCCUCGAGGUGGCUAAGGCCACGUUCGUCGAACUUGGCCCAGGGCGUGCGGCAGGGCUCUUCCAGCAACUGGGGAGCAACUUCGCUGCCGAGCUCCUGGUCGAGCUCGGGGCUGCUUGGGCGGCGCAGCUUUUCACGCAGCUGCAGACGGACUUUCUCGAGAAUUUCUUCGAAAGCAUAGGUCCUGCCUUCGCCUCUGAAAUGCUCUCGACCAUGUCUGCUGAAAGUUCCGCGCAGCUGUUUGGCAAACUUGGCACCAGCUUUUGCGCGGAGCUCUUUCAGAAGCUCGGGGCCACCUACGUGCAGGAGCUCUUUCUCGCCCUGGGGCAUCGCUUCUGCAGUGAUCUCUUCGUGGGCCUGGGAAGCGAGUGGACUGGCGACGCGCACCGGAAGAUGGGUUCGUCGUUCUGUAUCGCCCUGUACGGUCAGUUGGGAUCUAGUUUCACCGCCCAGCUCUUCGGCACGGCUGGGCAGCUCUUUACCCGCGAAGUGCACCGGUCCUUUGGGCCUCAGUUUACGGCUGUGCUCUACUCCAGCCUGGGUGUCCCCUUUGUCUCCGACCUUUUCCUUCGCCUUGGCCACGGCUUUGCUGGCGGCCUGCUGGUGGGGCUCGGCCAGGACUACGUCCAGGUACUCUUCGCAAGGCUUGGGGAGGACUUCUCGGCCAACCUAUUUCAGACACUUGGUGCCAGCUACUCUUCGGAGCUCUUCAAGGAGAUGGGCAGCGACUUUUUGUCGAAGCUCUUUCGGCACCUGGGGAGCGCUUGGACGGCCAGCGUCCACCACCUCAUGGGCAAGGAGUAUUGCACGCGACUUUACGACAAGCUGCAGCCGGAAUUCUUGGCUUCUCGGAUGCGGGAAUGGAAGCCCUAG